AGAAUAGCUCAUCCUAGAAUAAACCCCAAGAAAAGCGCAACAAUCCGCACCGCCUCCCUGAAUUCACACACACACACACGUACACACACAGAGAAGACAGCGAGAGUGAGGAGAGAGAGAGGUGUUGCAGAAGAAAGGAGUGUCCGAAGAAAUCUCUCUCAGAUUGGGAAAAAAAAGGAUAAAGGGAAUCUGGGAAGCCCUAGAAAUCCGGGCAUGGCCUCGUCGAAGCUGGUAACCACCAAUCCCGAUCUGCCACGCCAGUCCUCUAUUUGUUCCCUCUCUACCAUGCUCGCCGAUCUUCAACAACAACAACAACAUCAACAAAACCCUUCAUCCUCCUCUAAGGCCUUUGGCGCCUCCAUGAGCAUGGACGACCUCUUGAAGAACCUUUACUCCGACCAGACCCCAAACCAGCUCCCACUCGAUGGUUCUUCUUCGAUCUCUCCCCAGGGGAGCUUCUCCCAGCCCAAGGAGCUCGGAGACAAGACGGUGGACGACGUCUGGAAAGAGAUCGUGGCCGGCAACGAUAAUCAGAGGCAAGCGGGUGCAGAGGAAGCAGGGAACGACGCUGCUUCUGGUCAGCUUGAGGAGAUGACUCUGGAGGACUUCUUGACCAAAACCGGGGCGGUAAGGGAGGAGGACGUCAGAAGCGGAGCGGUGGUUCCGGGCCCUGGGGGUUAUGGUGUCGACUCUUCCGCCGCAGUGGCCAUGAACGGUGGUCAGUUCGCUCUGCAGGGGGUGGAGGUGGGACAUGCACUGGUGCCGUUUGACGGUAGAGUUGUUGUUGGAGGAGCAGUAGGAGGGGGGAGGGGAAAGAGAAGGGCAGUUGAGGAGCCGGUGGUCGAUAAGGCCACGCAGCAGAGGCAGAGACGUAUGAUCAAAAACCGAGAGUCAGCUGCCAGGUCCAGGGAACGCAAGCAGGCUUACACAGUUGAGCUAGAAUCUCUGGUGACCCAGCUGGAGGAGGAGAAAGCACGGCUUUUAAGAGAAGAGGCUUCCCAAAACAAGGAGAGAUUCAAGCAGCUCAUGCAGAACCUCAUUCCAGUUGUGGAGAAGCGAAGACCGCCACGCACUCUUCGGAGAGUCAAUUCUGUGCACUGGUAGAUAUACUUUUCUAAUUUAUGGUCUGUAAUAACAGGGGGAGAAGGUGAGUGGUGUCUGUGGCCUGUUAUUGAAGCUUCGGACAGGGAAUGGACGGAGCAAGGAGACCACUUUACAGUGAUAAGGAGAGAACUUCCAAAAGAAAAAAAAAAAAGUGUCAGGUUAUUCACUGAAAACAAAGAAAAACUUGGUUAUUUUGUUGGUUAUCAUGUAGAAAGCGGUUGGGAGUUGAUUUGUAAAGCGGAGCUGUGAGCAGCUGGAGGACUGAAGUGGUUUGAUGAUGUGAUGGGAAGAUGAAUGCCAUUAAUCCACAUUGUGGGAUAUCCUGACAAAUAUGUAAUGGAUUUGCUAGUUAGAUUGUAAAAGAGAAACUAAGAAAAGAAAGAAAGAAAGAAAUCUUCCAUUUA